UCAUUAAGAAGAGGUUUCAGUUAGUUUUAAAGUUUCUGAAAAACUGGUUUUCCAGAAAACCGGGUCUUCAAGAGCCCUCCGCAGCAACCCAUUUAGGUUUUUUGUCAGGUCGAUGCCCUCUAUCAACUGAGGUUAAAUGUAGUGCAGACGGCAAUGCCUAUGUUAUUGUUUAUUCAAUUACGGAUCGUCAAAGUUUUCAGAUUGCAUUAAAUUUGAUUAAAAAUAUACGUGAAAGAGAAAAAGAAACAGAUAGACAUAUACCAAUUAUCCUUGUGGGAAAUAAAAGUGAUUUAGUUCGAAAGCGAGUCGUACCUAAAGAAACUGCUCGUCAUACGGCAUUUAAAUAUGAUUGUAAAUUUGUCGAAACAUCGGCAGCUAUUAAUGAUAAAGUCGAUGAUUUAUUAGCUGGUAUAUUAAAACAAAUUCGUAUUAAUGACUAUAAUAAUGAACGACGUAAAACUAUAACCAAUACAAAUGAAAUUCGACAAAAACCAUCGAAAAAUGUUUUUAUUAAAUUUUUAAAUGUAUUUCGAAAGAAGCCACGUUUACCGGCCGAUGUCGAAAAUUUAUAUACGGGUUUAAGACGAUCAUAA